AUGGACUGCAAAAUACGCUGCGCGGCAGCCCUCGCGCACAUGGAGGGUGUCUUAGGGCUGCCCUUUCCCAACGACGCGCAUCACUUUGCGCUGCCCACCCUCGAGCGACGGCUGGCCGCCAUCGAGCGCGAAAUUGGCGGCAUCACAUCGCCGCCGCCGUCCGAGACCUUUUCCUGGAACGGCCUGGUGUGGCGCCUCUGGCGCGCGCGCUCGUACAGCGGCGCGCUCAACGACAUUGAGCCGAUCAGUGAGUCCUACAUUCGCGAAAUGGCGGGUACGCUGGCGCCCGACGUCACCGUGGCCCACCUGAUGCGCGCGGCCGACAGCGUCGCGCCAGUCAUGCCGCCGCUGCGGUGCACGCGCGGUGGCGGGAAGAAGAAGAAGAAGAAGCAGCAGCAGCAGCAACAAGAACAACAGCCCGGCAGCGGGGAGGCCGCGGCCGACGAUGAGUGCAACGAUUGCAUGCUCGCGGCGGUGCAGAAGCUGGCGUUCGUCGCCGGCCUCUUCGGGAUACAUCCGACGUUUGACGUCUUGUCCAAAAAUUCCGGAUACGCGUUUGCGUGGUGCGUCACGAUUGAGGCGGAAAAGCGAGUCCGGAGACUGUUUGACAGCGCCGGUUCUGAGGAGCCCCUCUAUUCCACCACGUCGGCCCGGGAAGAAGACCGGGACGCUCAGGAUACCUUUUUCUACAGCGCUUCCCAGAACGGCGCCGCCCGAGAAGCUCCCCGAGCCCGUGCCACGUCACGCAGGCCAUACAAUGUCCCUCGCAGCAACGACAGAGGCGCUGCCCGGGCGUCAGCCCAAUUCCAUUCUCCGCUGAGCGACUUGGUCCAUGGCGAUGCUCGGUACACCAACGGCGAGGGACCUGCACGGCCAACAGCCAAGGUCCGUUCCCCGAUGAGCAUAUUUUUCGACGAACUUCCUCCUCCUGCCAACGGCGAAGAUGCUGACCGGGUGGCAGCCCAGGGCCGCUCCCCACCGAGCCUACUAAGAGGCGAUCACUUUGAUGGCAGCGGCGGAGACGUGCACCGUCGUCGGAACCCCACGACAGAUGAUGAUUCUCGUAGCAAUGUCGGGGGCGCUGUACAUAAUGAUGACAACAGAAAAGAGGCAGCCAGGCCCGACUAUGCAGCCCGUCGAAACUCGUACAGCGGCAUCGGCCGAGGAUCCCCUGCCCAUCAACCAUCUCAUCGAGAGAGGGAUCGAGCGGAGACGCCGGAUCGGUACUACCCCCCCAGAGCCGAUCUCAAUCGGAACCGCCCCCAGAAAGCCUCGUACAAUGAAAAUCACCCCUUGAGAGGCACAACCAACUGCCACAGCCACCUGAGAGCCGCUUCCAGCCCAACUAUGGACCAGGCAUCGACGCCGCACCAAGGCAACCGUCCCACGUUUCCAUCCCGCCUAAACACCAGUCAUCCGGUAGCACACAAGGAAAGCAGCGCCUUGGGGGCUGCCUCUAACCAGAACGUGAACCGCGCAUCGGCGUCUGUGAACCGACAAAGCAACCCUCCUCAGGUCCAAUUCACCGACAACACGAAGCAGGCGCCGCCGCCGCUUGAAAACAGCCCGCAAAAUGCUGAUUCUUACCCAACGACGAAACAUGCCUCAGGGCGCAGUCGAAGCAACGGCGGCCAAAAUGACCCAUCCAACCAAACAAUCUCGCAGGUGGGAGAGUUUGACUUUGGUAUCUCUCCGGUGAAUGUGAGCGAUGACAGCGUCGGUCCCGAACAAGUACGCCACUAUAACAUCCCUCGGCAUGUCGCCAAUGACCAUGGUCGUCAAAGAAGUGAUCCGGAUCCCAUCAGUGCUCCAACUUCCGGGAUCCCUCCUCCGGAGAAUCACAACACGGCCCCGCGGCCGCCCCGCCCCAAUCCCCUCAGAAUGCACGACACCAGCCGGCCUGAGCCUCCCGCGCGGGGUCGCAAGUCUAAAAAGUCCGGCUGUGGUACGAGGCUAGGGUUUUGGCGUACGGAGCCGGCUGAGAAGAGGCGAGGUCGGUUCGGUUGGGCAUCUUUCGAGGUGGCGUUGGGUCAAGAUAUGUCAUCAAGGUGGACCGUAAAAGAUGGCAGCAGCCGCAGCACCUACGACUUUUCCGAGGGUGUUAGUUGCCCACAUCAGGCAGUUGGCGCCAUGAAGUGGUGGCGCACAAUGAGCGCUGCAUUAGGCGUGGCCGAGACUCGCAGAUGCAGUAUUACCCCGGAGCCUUGCUGCCCAAUGUGCCAUCUUGAUUCUGCCUGCCUCGAAGGGUGGCAUAGAUCUCCGCUAGCGAAUACCACCCACGACUAUUACGUGGCCAAUAUUGAAGAAGGUACCACGGUUCGUGAACGCUCAGUCGGCAUCAAAUCGCCGCCUCCUCUCGAGACGUUGUCGCGGAAUGGGUGUGGCGGGUGCGGUACAAUAAGAGAGUCCACGGCAUAUAGUGUCCUCCAGCUAGCAGUAGCUGGUGAGAUUUCCUGGCUCUUUCUGCUCUCCCUGGACCAUGGCCGUGGUCUAUGCCUUCGCGGCCGAGGUAUCGUCGUGGCCAAGAGCCGUCCUCAUCGCAAGCGGCCGCGAUGGCACCACCCCCUCCAAGUUGGUUGGCGCCACCUGUUCCUCCUGGCUAUAAUGUCGCGCAUGGCCCGAUCGGACACAAGGAGGGAGCCCGCGAAUCGGCCUACGUGGCUGAGCAGGCUAUGGUUCUGGCGCUCGAAAAAGGCCAAGGCAAGCAAGCGGCAUUGCAGCAGCCGCGAGAUCAUUGAUUGA